AUGACUGGGGAAAGAGCAUUACAUCCAGAUUGCAGAAAUUCUUCAAACCCAUACCAUGAAUGUAGUGAAUUUUGCUACAAAGUUAUCGCUGAAGCCAAGAAACUUGCUAGUAUAAGUGAACCAGUUACCUUGCAAGCUGCUCAACAAACAUCUAUUCAAUCUAAGGUUCCUGAUAAUGACCAAAGUGACCCUGAUGAUAAUCCAAGUGAUGAUGACAACAAUGCCCUUGAUGAUCAACCCCAAGUGGACUUCUCUAAGCUUACAGGGAAACAAAAGAAAUUAUUCGAAUUAAGGCUAAAGAUGAAUGAGGCAAGGAAAGCCAAUCAAACUGCCAUGGUGGCAGAAAAGAAAAGAAUGGAAGCUCCACAAGAAUUGAGAGGAAUUUCUAAACAAAAGUGGAUUGAAGAGAGGAAGAAAAAGAUUGGAAAACUUCUUGAUGCAAAUGGAUUAGAUAUGUCAAAAGCAUACAUGUUAGAUACACAACAAAUGGCAGAAACAAAGUACAAAAAAUGGGAGAAAGAUCCUGCUCCAGCUGGCUGGGAUGUGUUUAAUCAGAAAACUUUAUAUGAUGCAUACAAGAAACGGACUAAAAAAAUGGAUGUUGAUCUUGAAGAAUACAAUAAAAUGAAAGAAGCAGAUCCAGAAUUCUAUCGUGAAGCUUCAAGUCUACAAUAUGGAAAGGCACCGAAAAUUUCAGAGGAUAAGAUUGAAAGAAUGGUGAAGGAGUUGAAGGAUAGAGAUGAGAAGAAGAACACAUUUAGUAGAAGAAGAAGGUUUCAUGAAGAGAAGGAUAUUGACUCCAUUAAUGAUAGAAAUGAGCAUUUUAAUAAGAAGAUUGAACGUGCUUUUGGCAGAUAUACACUUGAGAUCAAGAACAAUCUUGAGAGAGGAACUGCUUUGCCUGAUUAAAAUGUGCUUUGAAUCUUGUUUUGAUAUGUAACAAUACGUAAAAUUUCUGAAUUUGUUUUGUGUGUUUCAUCUGGUUUUGGAUUUAGUUUGAACAAGCUUUAAUGAAUUUAAAAGUUAGUGACAUGUGAUUUUUCCUGAGUUUUUAAGUUUUAGUUUUGUGUAUAACUGU